AAAGCAACCAAGGAAACCGUGGAAGUAGACUCAAGCGAUGAUGACAACGAGUUCGGACUCGUCAUCAAGAAAUUCCAGAAAUUUAUGAAGAAGGAAUUUGAGCGCAAAGGAAGAAAGCACGACGGUCCCCCGAAGUGCUAUGGCUGUGGCGAGAUAGGCCACAUCAAGCCGAGGUGUCCAAAAGGCAAAAGCGGCAAGGACAAACCUGGCUUCAAAAAGCAACGAGCCUAUAUCUCAUGGGGUGGCGACUCCAGUGACGAGUCAACUGAUCAAGAAGAGGAGGAAGCCGCCAACCUCUGCCUCAUGGUGCACGAAGAUCAAACCGACGACGUUCAAGAG